CCCACCCGUCUGAAGCACCAUCCGCCACUUCCCCGUGUUGCUAUCUUCCACCGGCAGGUGAAGCCGACGGUGUCUUUCCUUUCAUCCCCCAAGAUGGCAGCGAGGCAGUGGGUCAGGUGGGAGGAGGAGAUCUUGCUGGAGGACGAUGAUGAACACCACACGGAGUGCUUCUACCUCCGCUGCGCCCCACUCCUGGGCGGUGGUGUGAGCGAGAGGGAUCUGGCGGUGGUGGGUAAGUAUUGUCCGGACCCAGCCCCCGGGAACAUGGUGUACUCGGCGGACCCGCAGUUCCUGCGGUUCCUCAAGGAGGGAAUAACCUGUGACUCAGUGUUGGCUAUGGGGGUGACGGUGCGGGUGGAGAUCACCCAACUCAGCUGGAAUUCCAGGAAGGAGGUUAUCGACUGGCUCAACUUGCUCAUCUCAGAAAGCAGCGGCCAGGCAUCCAAUGGAGGUGCUGCUAACCCGGUGAACUCAGUGCCUGUGCAAGAGAUCUGCAUAACCAACGAACAGGCCCCUGUCCCUGCUAUCGACGAACAGCAAGUGAUCCACCUGACUAUGUCUGACGACUAAAGUCAGUAGCAGGGGAUAUGAAGUCUGGCAUUUACUUUCAAUCGUGAACUGUUAUUUCUCAAAGAUUUCGUGCAUUCGCUUCUUGAUGCGUGCUCUUUCAGAUCCAUUCUCGACAGAGAUCAGUUGUUUGUACUUUCUGAAUUUCAAAUAAGUGAGACAUUAUAUUCCUAGUCUAUUUUACUCAGCUUU